AUGAUAUCCUUCUUUUUCCACAGUGUUUGGUCCUCCGGAUAUCUUGAGGAUCCAGAUCAUAUUACUAUAUUUCACUCGAUUUAUAAGGAUAAUGAUCAUCAACGAAUUCUUCCUUAUAUUCCCCAAAUAUCAGACAGUUUUUUUCAUGAAAUAACUACCAAAAAUCCAAAAUUAGCUGAUAUAGAUUUCAUAUAUGUGGAUUUGCCUGAUUUUUGCAACAUCUCCGUCGUUCCAAGUUUUCAAAAUACAGAAAAUUUAAUAUUUAACAGCAGUUUAUAUAUUCGAUUUGAACCAUCAAUACUUCAAAACAUCGAAGUUGAUCAAUAUUUGACUAAUAACUACACAAUAAAACUACAAAACUUGAAUUCCCAUGAAAAAAUUGAUAUUAUCCGAAUGUACACCUACUCAGAAGACAUAUAUCUUUCAAAAGUGGAAAAUAUUGAAUUGAAUGCCAAUCAAUCGUUCAUUUUAUCAUUUUCCAUUUUAUCCACCAAAAAAGGCUAUCAAUCAGCCAUAAUUUUUAUUGAAACAAACUUUGUAACUAUACCAUACUAUAUAAGUUACCAUGUCAAUGAAUUUUGCCCAAUAAAACUAAAAUCAAGACAUAUCUAUCAAUAUUAUGGCCGUCCUAAGCAAAUAGAUAUAAAAAUUAUUCCAUUUAUUAGUCAAGCAUUAAUAUACGAUUCCUCAGUUUUCUCAACAGAGUCAUCAAGUCUAUUAAUUUCUUUUAUUCAAUUAACACCAAGAAAUUUGCAAGUUGGAACAUAUCUAACAUUUGUUUACAUCAUAGAAGAUGUUCAUCAAUACAUAAUUCCCAUUUAUUUGCAUAUUCUUCCGUUUGAAAUUCAUUCAUUACACGAAACAAUUGAAUACACUAUUUCGGGAGAUGAUUUCAGCAAUAAACUGCCAAUAGUUCUUGUAAAUCCAACAGAUUCUUUAGGAACAAUUGAGAAAAUUGAUAUUCAAGGAAUAGCAAACAGAUUUAACAUAGAUGUAAUACCACAAAUGAUGACAAUUGAUCCAAAACAGAAUACACAAGUAGGAGUUCUUGAAAUUAACCUUUAUAAACUUGAUAAACAAAAAGGAACAAUUUUGAUCGAUAUUUUUUCAAAAGGAAAGAUGUUUCAUGUCAAAAUACCGUUUAAAAUAGCAUUGUCUACAGGGAAUUUCGUUGUUUCUUAUAAAUAUAACAAGUUUGAAUACGGAUAUCAAACAAUUGUAGUUAAAAACACUUUAAACGAACCAUUAACCGUCCUAGGAGUUUCCAUAGACUCUCAUUCAUAUGAUGUGCAUGAAUUUAAGCCGCAAAUCGUAAAACCAGGGAAAUUUUUGAAAGAAUUCUUUUUAAGUCCAAGGUUUGACCACUUAAUAUCCAAGACCACGCCUGUAACAGUAUUUAUACAUACGAACCACUCAACAAAUAACAUUUCUUUUGGAUUUUCCCUGGAAAAUGAUUUGAAAAUUGACAUUGAAGGCACAGCAAUCACAAAAAACAAUGACUAUUAUUAUCUUGGAACAGCAUUCAGCAAUACUUGUAAGAAUUUAACGAUAAAAAUUGUUAAUAACAGAUUAAUUUCGACAAGAUUGCUUUCUAUUGAAGGCCCUGAAGAAGCAAUCCUUGAAGUAGCAAGUGAUAAAUUUAAAUAUGAGAUUCCAAUGAGAUCUACCUCUUAUAUUCCAAUAACUUUCACAUUUCUGAAUAAUUCUGAGUCAACAGACUUAGUUACUAGCGAUAUUACUGUUCGUGUUGAAGGUUUAGAAGUAGUUAUACCUAUUUCAUGGAAUAUUGUCCUAGGAAAUUACGAAAUUGAUUUUAAUUCUGAACAUGAAAUUUUAUUUGGCUCAACUUUGCAUGGUUCAUUCAAAAUGAUAUACUAUUAUAGCAAAGUUAUGCGAGUAUUAUAUGGAAAUGCAGAUAUUUUUGGUGAAAAUCAAGUAAUUCUUUCAUUUAUUAUGAAACCCUUCACUCAAAAGGUAUUUUAUCAGUUUAAUAAGACUAUAUGUACGCAUACAGAAGAAGUCCGACCAUUCUUUGACCUUUUAGAUAGAGUUUCAACGGUAAUAAAGUCAAAUAUUUGGCUAAACAGCAAUUUAAGCAAUCCUAUGGUCCAUAUUAACUUGAUUCUGACUUUGUCUGAUGGAUUCUUUAUCAAACGAACCUUCAAAAGGCAGAUUUUUUAUUAUUCAUAUGAAUCUUUCACAAAAGACUUUGGAAUUGUUCAUAUUGGCAACAAAUUGAUCAAGUCUUAUUCAAUUACUAAUUAUUUCAAUGUUCCUGUUAUGUUUAUCUUCGACAAACCGAAGAAAUCAAAAUAUUAUAACAUUUGGUGCAUUGAUAAAGUAAUUUUGCAGCCUUCCCAACAGACAAAAGUCGAUAUAUGCUUUGAAUUACACGGCCAAGCCUCUGUUUCCCCAGAAAUUAUGGUAAUUUCAAAUGUAAGCUAUCCUUUCUAUUAUAAGUUUACAAUGAACAUUGUUCCUCCAUCACUGAUGUUUACUAAUACCAAGAAAGAGCAUGUAACAUCAAUAGAAUUCAAAAAUGGACUUGAUAAACUAUUUUCCUCUCAAAAAUGGUCAAAAUGCAUUAUAAUUGAUAACAUAGGAAACGAACAAAUAAACCAAAUCAACAUGAAACUCACAGAACAGUCAUUUCUCACUUAUAGAAUGAAAGAUACAAAAAUCUUGCCAAAAAAUAGGGAAGAAAUGUGUUUUGACUUUUAUCUUUGGCUUUACACGAAUGAAACUGAUAACUCCGGAGUCCAAUUCUCAAUUGUGACCAAUGGAUUCGAAUACAUUUUGCCAAUUAAAAUAGAAUUGAACGAAUCAACUAUAAGACAUAUAUAUUCGGCCAUAGAAUCAUCCGCAGAUCUCAUUGCUUAUGUUUGUUUAUUUACUCCUGUUAUUUGCCUUAUUUUCAAGUUAAUUUUGUACAUUGCCUUCAUUUUAGAGAAGAAGAGUAAGUUUGACAAGUUAAAUAGAGCUAUCAAGCAUUAUUCUGUCGCCAAUUUUAGACAAAAAUUCACUCAGAAAGAUGAAGAAGAAAAACAUAUAUUUAAUCCUUAUUCUUAUACUAAAAAUAGACUAGAUAAGCCAGCAUCAGGAACAGCUUGCUCCAACAUGGAAAAAGUACUAAUGAAAUGA